UGCAAAGAUAGCUGGAGUUCCAGAAUGCAGAUGCCGUAUCGGAGGAUCCGGUUCGGGCCAAGCAUGGUCGGCUCGAAGAUCUGUAAGCUGAAUGUGGCCGACCUUGAGCUCCGACAUUUUGAUGUUUUCAUUCAGUGUCAAGCCGGCCUGUGCCACGCACACCACAGACUACGCGUGAUAUGUUGUUCCUCUACACAAUCAAAACAUUUGGAAUCUUCAAGGCAGUCAAAUUUACCAUUGUGCCUCACGGACUUUUCCGGAUGUUACCAUUCAGUUCCGAGCCGGCGAGCAACACACACAUUACGGACUGCGUGUGUCAGUGCGUUAUCUAUUGUUCCUCUCGAGCGAUUGAACUAUUUCGUCGAGUCUUUUAAGAAAAUCAGUCUCGUCGGCAUCGCGAUAUUUAUAACACGUGUACUUUCGAUUAAACCGUAUCUGCGCGAGUGUCAGUGUCAAUGCCAAUACCACAACGGAGCAGCCAAGAUACUGGGUCGAGAAACUAGGACGAGGGACGCCGAAAAACAGGCAGCGAUACAUCGUAUAUUUCGAGCUUCAUAUCAGCUCUUUUAAGAGCUAUAAAUCUCAUCAAAACUUCCAUUGACCUCUUCAGAAGAUUUGAAAUUAACUGAAGAUUUAAAAUUAACUGCGUGAUUCCCGUCUUGGCGAUUCAGCCAAAGCGGGUCUUUCUUUUUAAAUAAGCAUAUUUAUAUUUCUUUUCUUUUUAUUUUCUUUAAAGAAUUUUAAAAAAUAUAAUGCAAAAUAUUUCUAAUUUGCAUAUGCUAUGAAAGUUAAAGAAAUACAUA